AAUGAACCUAUAUAAAAUUGUAUAACUUUUCAGGAACAUGAGUUCAGAACUAGUGCUGUUUUAAAAAACAAUACGAUGAAGUCUACUAAAUAUGAAACCUUGUCUGUAUCAAUACCAAAACCAUUUGUUUGCAUGGUACAAUUAAAUAGACCUGAGAAACGAAAUGCCAUGAAUCAAAAAAUGUGGGAAGAAAUUAAAGAAUGUUUCGAUGAUUUAUCAGUGGAACCAGAAUGUAGAGUUAUUAUUUUAUCAGCUGUUGGACAAAUGUUUUGUGCUGGCUUAGAUUUACAAGGUAAUCUAGAAUUUUACCAAAAACUAGCGGAACAAGAAGAUAUUGCUAGAAAAUGCAAAAUUUUAGAAUCCAUGAUAAGCAAAUAUCAAAAUACUAUUACUUCUAUUGAAAAGUGCGUAAAACCAGUGAUUGCAGCUGUGCAUAAUGCCUGCCUAGGUUCAGGUGUAGAUAUGAUUAGUGCUGCUGAUAUACGUUAUUGUUCUUCAGAUGCAUGGUUUCAAAUAAAAGAAGUUGAUAUUGGUAUGGCAGCUGAUGUUGGUACUUUGCAAAGAUUCCCAAAAAUAAUAGGUAACGACAGUUUAGUCAGAGAACUUGUUUACACAGCAAGAAAAUUUCCAGCAACCGAGGCAUUGCAAUGUGGUUUUGUCAAUCGUGUUUAUGAUAAUCAAAAAAGUUUGUUAGAUAAAUCGAUAGAACUUGCUGAAGUAAUAGCAAGUAAAAGUCCUGUCGCAGUACAAGGUUCCAAAUUAAGUUUGGUAUAUUCGAGGGAUCAUACUGUUCAAGAAGGUCUCGAACAUAUUGCUAUGCAUAAUAAAUCAAUGUUGCAAAGUGAAGAUUUCAUAAAUGCAACAACUGCACAAAUGGUACGUGGUGAUCCACCAACAUUUUCAAAACUAUAAUAUUUUAUACAUAUAUAAAACUUUUUAUUAUUGAAUUUUAAGUCCAAACAUUUGUUUCCUUAUCAGUAUCUGUGAAUGCAAAAACUUAUUUGUUAUCAAAUAUUAUUAAAUAUAUUAGACAUGUUUAUAUUUUCAUA